AUGGAAACACCUCCCGGCCGAGAGUUUGGCGGGCCAGCGGCAACGCGGAAAGAACCACGCGCUUUGGGCCCCGCCUGCCGCCCAAGCGGUGCCAAGCUCUGGGGAACAAUGAUGAAUGCGGAGCCCGCCCCUGAACGCGCCCCGCCCCUCAGCCGGAUUAGGGAACCGUUCGGAGCAGCUUUUUCAUAUUAUGCACCCAGGCCUUCUCCCAAUGGAGGGACAUCUUCCCGAAGGGCACGCGGGGGCGCGUGUGCGUUAGCCGGCGGGGCGUUUUCGGGGAGAACAAAGACCAACCGGACGCCGGUUAACGGCCCCAGCGGCCUCGGCCUGCGCCCUCACCUUCACCUUCGACACUACCGUGGGUUCGUCCGCCUCAGCAGGAGGCGCCCGGUCUCCUCCCACCGGAACACAGCGGUCGGCCAAAGCCCCAGAUCUGCGCAGUCCCACGGCCCAAAGGGACCAAGCUUUCAGCCCCGCCCUCUCGCCCUCGAGAGCUGUUCACAGCCAUCACUUCUGCCUGAGAUCAUGGAGAAAUCUAGAAAGGGAAAGAAUGAUGUCUACUGCGCACCAGGAGAAAGUACCAUUUACCUAUCCCCUGUCAUCAUCCUAGAGCUUCUGAUGCAAGAGAUAUUCAGCAAAAAUUUACGGAUAGUGACGGUGAGAACAUCUUUUAACAGCUACAGCGCAGUAAUCCUAUGCUCCUCCAUUUCUUGGGUGUGAUGACACAUGUCCUUCUGUAGUCUCAGCACUUGGGAGGCCGAGGCAGGAGGAUCACCAUGCGUUUGAGGCCAACCUGUACCCUACAUGGUCUAAUUGAUCAUUCUGCAUGACUAGGGUGGCUACUUGUUCUUGAAAGACUGCAGUUUCAACUGGAUUUCAUAUGCCCUCAAGCU